AUGCGCAAAACUAAAGUGCAACGGUUUUCUCGAGAAAAAAUUGCUCCAAGAGUAGCAGAAAUGGACCGAAAUUCACACCUGGAUAAAGACAUCAUCAAGGGCUUAUUUGAUCAAGGGUUUAUGGGUGUUGAAGUAAGUAGUGAAUAUGGAGGGACUGGAUCAUCCUUCUUCGGUAGCUGCUUGGCGAUUGAGGAAAUCGCUAGAGUUGAUCCCGCUGUUGCUGUAAUGGUAGACGUUCAAAAUACACUUGUAGAAACAAUAUUUAUGCAAUACGGAAACAAGGAGCAGAAUGAAAAAUAUUUAUCACAGUUAGCCACCAAAUCAGUAGGCUGCUUUUGUCUAUCAGAGUUUGGAAGCGGUAGCGAUGCCUUUGCAUUGCAAACUAGGGCUGUUGCUGAUGGCGAUCAUUUCGUUCUAAACGGAACCAAAGCAUGGAUUAGUAAUUCCGAACAUGCGGACAUAUUCUUAGUAUUUGCUAACGCCUCUCCAGAAAAGGGCUAUAAAGGCAUAACUUGCUUCAUCGUCGAACGAAACAUGCCCGGCCUUUCACUUGGAAAGAAAGAAGAUAAGCUUGGAAUAAGGGCUUCAUCGACUUGUCCCGUAAUACUGGAGAAUGUUAGGGUUCCAGAAAGUAAUAUUAUGGGAAAAUUUGGCGAAGGAUAUAAAAUUGCCAUUGGAAUAUUAAAUGAAGGCAGAAUUAGCAUUGCUUCCCAAAUGGUUGGUUUAGCUCAAGGAGCCCUAGAUGCCGCUAUACCCUAUACAAUGGAAAGAAAGCAAUUUAACCAACGAAUUUUUGAUUUCCAGGGUGUACAACAUCAAAUUGCAGAAAUGUCUACUAUGGUUGCAGCAGCUCGAGCAAUAACUUAUGACGCAGCUAGAUUGAAAGUAGCUGGCAAACCUGUAGUCAAGGAGGGUGCUAUGGCUAAAUAUUUUGCUUCCGAGAUGGCUCAAAAGGUAUCAUCAAAAGCUUUAGAAUGGCUUGGCGGUGUAGGAUUUACAAAGGAUUUCCCUGUUGAGAAGUUUUACAGAGAUGCAAAAAUCGGUGUCAUUUAUGAAGGUUCAUCCAAUAUUCAGCUAAAUACGAUCGCAAAAUAUGUAGCCAUGGAAUAUUAA